GCUUCGGCUGGGUGCCGGGCAGCCGCCACGGGAGGGUCAGAGGUGGGGGGAAGGGAGGGUGGGCCCCCCACCCGCUGGUCUCACCUGGCUUCGUCGCCCCCACCUGAGGCCGAGCGACAGGUAGACGGACCGGUUCUCUGGCUCGGAGGGAUAAAUUCCAGGAGCUGAAAGGGAGCUAAACUCUGGGUCACCGGCCAGCAUGGCAACCGUCCCCUCCGCCACCUACAAAAUCCGCGUGGCCACGGGCAACUACCUCUUCGGUGGGACCAUGGACACCAUCUCCAUCUCCUUGGUGGGCGCUCACGGGGAGACCCCCAAGUUUCGCCUGGAUAAAUUCGGCAAAGAUUUCUCUCCAGGAGAAGUGGAGGAAUUCGUGGUGGAAACCCAGGUGGAGUUGGGGGACCUCCUGUUGGUUCGUCUCCAUAAGGAGCCCUACGGGUUCUUCCCUCCCACCAACUGGAACUGCAGCUUCAUCGAAGUGGAGACCCCCGAGGGGCAGACCCACCAUUUCCCUUGCUACCAAUGGAUCCCGGGGUACCCCACCUUUGAGCUCCGAGAAGGAACAGCUAAACUCGCUCAAGUGGACGCAAACAGCCGAUUGCUCUCAGAACAUCGCCGGUACGAACUGCUAGCAAAACAGGAAACCUACAGAUAUAAAGAUUAUCAACCCGGGUGGCCCAAAUGUUUAGACGCCGAUUCGGUGGACCAAUUGCACCUGAGCGAUCAAUAUUCCAGCAUCAAAUCCUGCUCCUUCCGAGUCCUCCUGAAAACCGCGGAAAUCGAGUUGAAGCUGAAAGGGUUGCUGAACCUCAAGGGCUCCUGGAAAAAACUGGCUGACAUCCGAAGGGCUUUUUGGUUUUAUCGGACUCCAACCUCAGAAUAUGUCAGCAAGCAUUGGGCUGAAGAUGCAUUCUUUGGCUACCAAUAUCUCAAUGGGGCGAGCCCCGGGAUCAUUCAGCGAUGCUCAGAGAUCCCAGCGAAAUUCCCGGUGACACAAGAGAUGGUGGUCGAAUCGUUGGGACUGGAGACCACCCUGGAGAAAGAAGUGAAGGAAGGCCGGAUCUUCCUCCUUGACUGCCAGAUCCUGGAGGGCAUCCCAGCCACCACACUCAACGGGUCCCCCCAAUACGUCUCGGCCCCUCUCUGCCUCCUCCACCUCAACCCCUGGGGAGAGAUGAUGCCCGUUGCAAUUCAGCUGACUCAGCAGCCUGGACCAAGGAGCCCCAUUUUCCUCCCCACGGAUCCAGAGUGGGACUGGGCCCUGGCCAAGUUUUGGGUUCGUAACAGCACGUUAUACCUCCACGAGAUCCUGGCUCACCUGCUUCAUACCCACCUGUUGGUGGAGGUCUACCUUCUGGCCACCCUCCGGCAGCUUCCCAAGUGCCAUCCGGUCCACAAGCUCUUAAUCCCCCACUUCCGCUACACCCUGCAUAUCAACAUCCUCGGCCGGACGCACCUCCUGGCUCCCGAUGGGAUGCUGGACAAGAUGAUAGGCACAGGUUUCCAGGGUCUGUCCCAGCUGGUGGCCAGAGGUCUUUCAAAGCUGACCUACUCUAUGCUUUGCUUCCCUGAUGACCUUCGGGACAGAGGCGUAGAUGCGUUGCCCAACUACCACUACAAGGAGGACGGAUUGAAGCUCUGGAGCGCUAUAGAGAGUUUUGUGUCGGGAAUGAUCGGCCUUUAUUACCCGAGCGACGGAGCUGUGGAGAAGGAUAUGGAGCUUCAGGCCUGGGUGGCGGAAAUCUUUGAGAAAUGUUUCCAUCAGCGGCAAUCCUCUGGUUUCCCUGCACACUUAGGAACUAUUGCCGAAUUAACCAAGUAUCUGACUAUGAUGAUCUUCACCUGUUCAGCCCGUCAUGCCAGUGUCAACAAUAGCCAGUUUGAUUUUGGAGCCUGGAUGCCCAACUACCCUUCCACCAUGAGAAGGCCUCCCCCGGAAUCCAAGGGCGGCGUGACUUUUGCCGACAUCCUGGAGACCUUGCCAGAUGUCAGCACAAGCUGCCAGACGUUGCUCAUCUUGUGGCUUCUCAGCCGAGAGCGAGGAGACAAGAGAUCACUGGGUUACUACCCUGAGGAACAUUUCACCGAGGAAGGCCCAAAGAACGUCAUCGCCGCUUUCCAAAAACAUCUGGCCAAGAUCUCCCAGGAAAUUCAAGAGAGGAACCGACGCCUUCCGCUUCCGUACAAUUAUCUCAACCCUCCUGAGGUAGAGAACAGCAUCUCCAUCUAAGGACCCGGUCACUCAUCCUGUUGUACAAUGAGGUUCCUCAGCCCACCGAGUCAUGGGGGAACCUUCCAUGGAAAGACACCGGUCAAGAGUUAGGACACUUCGUAUAGAUUGAGCUGACCUCGGCCAACAACAUCCAGAAACUUCUGGUUGUGGAACAGAGAAAACUGUGCUGAGGGUGUGAAAACGAGCGAGCUCUCACUGUGUGGUUAUGCCAACACAUCUGGACAUUUUUAACCCUCCUCUUUGUGGACACUUCAGAGAGAAAGACUCAAUCCUAACUCUGCCACCAUCUGGGUCCUCACUAGAAGCUCGACUCGACUUUUCCCCACUGCUCCUUAUUUUAGGACUUGACAGUGGGUCUGUCUGACUCGUAGUUAUGACGGUCACAAUGUCCCAGGGGUCCCGUGAUCCCCUUUUGUGACCGUUUGACAAAGUCAAUGCGGAAAGUCAGAUUCACUUAACAACUCUGGCAAGAAAGGUCAUAAAAGCGGGGCAAAAACUCAAUUAACAACUAUCUCGCUCAGCAACAGAAAUGUGGGGGGGGGAGGCAAUUGUGGUUGUAAGUUGAGGACCAGCUGUAUCUUAUCUUUUUCCUAUCUUAGGAAAAAUAAAUAAUAUUAAUCUAAUCUGUAAGGGAUCAAAUAUGUUAAGGAAUAUUAGCCCAAUCUUAUUUUCUUAUUUUAUUCAAAACAAAGAGGGAUCAUCAUCAUCUCCUUUUAAUGACCCCCAUAAUCCCUUGCGGGGCGGAGUCUGGGCAACUGAAUGGAGCUGAGUGUUUUACCAGCCGGAUGCCUUUCCUGUCGCCAAUGAGGAGUUUUGUUCAGCAGAUACAAUCUCAGUGUGCCCAGAGAGAGCAAUAUCUGCCUCUACUUAGGAUCGAACUUACAGCCUCCUGAUUGUGAGGCGAGAGCUCCACCUCUAGGCCACCGCACCACAUUCAAAACAAAGAGAGAUACCACUAUUAAAACUCAAACAGUCCACAUAUUUUCAUACUCCUACGCCUUGUUUAAUGGCUGCAAUCCUGAACUCACCUGUCUGGAAUUGUUCUCAUUGGUAAAUCUACUUCUGAACCUGUGCCAGGAACUCAAACCAUAAGGUUAAUUAGAUAAAGCUUGAAUGAUACGAAGCUAUUGGUAUUUUAUUGGCAAAAAGUGUUGGUUUAAUUAGGUGUAGGCGUAAUUGACUUUAAUUUCUUAAGGAAGUCAAGGACAGCCUGUAUUUAUAAUUAAGCAACAAGGAACUUCAGAGGUGUGAAAAUGUUGGAAAUGUAAUCAGACACCGGGCACAUACUAUCACACAUGGUGGAAGUGUGUGAAAGCAAAGAAUUUUUUUUCUGAAUUUUUUAUUUUAUUUUAUAAACAAGCAAACAUACAAUAUAUAAUCAAUCGUUCA